ACGGGCUGGCACUGGCUGGCGCGGGAGCUUGUCGAGCUUGUUCAACGCUGAAGAUUGACAAGCAUAUGCCCUGAAACAGGAAGGAUGCUGCAGCAGUGCGGCACAGCUUGUCAGCACCAGUCCAAGUCCCAGUCCCAGUCCCAGUCCCAGUCCCAGGUGCUUUCUCGUGCAAUUCCCUUUCUCACCCUGCUGUCGCUGACCGUGUCUUGCCCUCGUUCUCGCUGUCGCAGUAUUUGUCUCUUCAUAUCUCCAUUUUGACUGUCUUUUCUUACGUCACGGGUAUAUACUCGCCCUUCAUGAGGGGUCUACUAUCGUUAGGUCUUGUGUGGGCUUCAUGCAUCUCAAGUGUUGCAAGCGAGAGGAUCGCCCUCACUGCGGUGCGAAAUGAGCAACUCAAAGAUGGGAGAAUCGAAGAGAGACAGCAGCCAGGCGUCGUUGCUGCCAACAUCUUUCUGCGAAGAGGGUAUCAUUCGUCGGUCGUCGCGGGCAAUUAUGUAUAUAUAGAUGGAGGAGCGUUUUCUUACUUGCAAGGAGGAUCUCUCCAAAUCCUCCACUCGACGACAACUUUAUCGAUCGACAUGUCUAAAUCGUGGACGAAUUCCUCCGUAGUCAUCAACUCAUUUUCGAAGCCGAACGGUGUUCCUUAUCUGGACGACGGCACACUUUGGUACAACGAGAAGGAAAGUACACUCCAGAUUGGUUUCACUGGGGCUGCUGCACGGUUCAACAAUCCCGAGCAAGCAGGGUACCCAUUAGGAAUGUGGUCUUUCAAAUUAGACGGUCAAGGUGGAGGAACAUGGAGUCAAGAUACUGCUGCCACUGAUGCCAUCACGAGCGCGGGGUUGACAAGACCUUACCAAGGAUUGUCAGCGUUCGGCGGAGACACUGCGAUCAGUAUUGGAGGCUAUGAGAACUCCAGGACAGUUCCGGAGAAUGCGAAUGUCACCGACCAAAUACCAAUCCCUGGAAUCGUCCAGUACAAUAUGACGACCGGAACUUUCACAAAUUCGAGCGCUGCUGGGUACAAUUUCAACGGGACUGCCGAGCGUGGCACGGUUCAUUAUAUCCCAUUUUUUGGACCGAAAGGCGUUUACAUCAUCCUCAGUGGGGAUAUUUCUCGGCGCAAUUUAUAUUCUGCUGCAGAGAACAUCCAACCGUUCAGUACGUUGACUUUGUACGAUCCAGCUACCGGAACAUUCUUCAAUCAAACUGCCAGCGGCAAUAUUCCCAAUGGACGAAUUGAGUUCUGCGCGACUGGCGCAAAUUCAACAAACGGUACAUAUGAGAUCUUUGUGUACGCUGGUUGGGCAGGCCGCUUAGGAAAUCAGGCCCUACCAUAUGACGAAAUGUAUAUCCUUACAUUACCAGCCUUUCAAUGGAUCAAGGUUCCUUACGCACCAGCAAAACCGCGACACGGUCUCACCUGCGAAACUGUUGGAAAGCGACAAAUGUUGGUGAUCGGAGGUGUUGAUACACUGCAAGAUGAAGCAACCAAUGCGGCACGAACUUUGGACCUGGUGACUUUCUCCACAAGAGACCAAUUCACGCAAGGCCUUGCCAUCUUCGACAUGACAACUUUGACCUGGUCUGAGCAGUACGAUGCAAAUGCCGCAGCCUAUGAGCAAUCCGACCCCGUGAAAAACUUCUAUGCCUCAAAUCCCCGCGAGCCAUCCACCUGGGCAUCACCAACUCUCAAGGACCUGUUUUCUGUUACCCAUUUCACUAACACCUCAUCCCCAUCCUCAACAUCACCCGCCAAUCCCACCGGCACCGGCACACCAGACCCCGAUAAGAAAAGCUCCAACAUCGGCGCGAUUGUCGGCGGCGUCGUCGGUGGUCUCGCAGUUCUCGCUCUCAUAAUCGGUGUCUUCUUGUUUUUGCGCCGCCGUAAGCGCCGUGCCGCAGCCUCUGAACUCCCCUCCAAUAACACCAACUACGUCGCAGGAGGCCAAAACGACACUGCGUACCAGGGCGAGUACAGAGGCGAUCACAAACCGUACGCGGCGCUGAUGUCUGAAGCUCCUGGCUCGGAUGUUCAUGGUAGAGAGGGGUAUCCGCAGGAGUUGAAUUCGCAGCCGCAGCACUAUGAGAUGGAUGCUAGGCAGCGGCAUGAACUGGCUUGAUUUCGACUAGUGGAAAUUGUGGUGGUUGUGGUUCUGAGAAUGGUGGCAGUCUCUCUUUUGAAUACCCUUGGUUUACGACAUUUAUUUGCAUUUCUGGCAUUUUGGUGGUCUGGGAUGACAUAUAGCGGGAGUUCUUGGAUAUCUGAUCAGAUGAAUGAAAAUACAAGGUAGCAUUGUAUAGUUGUAUUUAAAUGGACGGUUGGUUUGUGAUUAGUUUAAAGGCGGAGGAGAUGGUAAAAUUAUUAAUAUCAGCAUCUAUCUCCCAUUUCUCUACUUUACGACGAUCAAAUGAAGUAUUAUCAGC